UUUCAUUCAUAUACGAGUGAGUAGUGCUAGGGUACACAACUUAUAGCCAACACUAAAAACAUAUAUAUUGCACAACGAUUAAAAACGCACACUAAAAUGGAUCCAGAAUCCGCAACCAACGCAGAUACUGACAUCACAGAGAUCACAGACGAGCAGCAGCAUCCUCCAACUCAGCAGACCACUGAGCAAGGGUCAGAGCCAGAACCCGAGCCAGAGCCAGAGCCCGAGCCAGAGCCGGAGCCAGAGCUACAGAGUCAGGUAGAGCCCAAGAAAGCAAGUAAGUUGACAUCCAUUCUGCCACCGGGAACGGCAGUAGCAGACGAACACAAUGUAGUUUUCGAUGGGGUAUCGGUGGGCACGGAUGCGGAAUCCAUGGCCGGAAUAGGCUCUGUACGGGACGGAGAAGAGACGCAGGGGACAUUGUUUGCCUCGGCCGAUGAUCUGAAGCAGACCAAAAAAGCGGAACGAAAGCUGCGAAUUCGAGAAAUGGAAGCAAGGCGUUUCAAGCCGAGCGAUUCGAGGGUAUCCUUUGACACUGUCGCCCUGAGCGAAGGACGACUCCGCGACGAAGACGAUGAGGACGCCGAGUUCCGGGUGGAGCGAAAGCGAGAGGAGAAAUUGCGCGUUCGCCACACGAUGCUGCUGGAGGAUGAAUACGAGGAGGCGGUGGCUCGUGAUGCGGAGCAUGACGAGGACGAGGACUCCAUUGAUGUGGAAAUGUCGUCCAUCAUCUAUAUGAGGGCCAUCGACAAGGCUUCGGACACCGUUCAACUCAAGGAGGAUUUUCUCAACGAAUUCGAUAUGCCCAGUCUGUCGGACUUCUCCUCUGAGGAGUCGGAGCCACUGGAAUUUAUUAUCAAAGCGGACUCCAUCCACCACAUUGACGAGGCGGAUGUGGGCGUCUUUGUUGAUCCGCUAACUGGCGAGGUGCUGAGCACCUCAAGCUCAUCCUCAACGGAAGAGCCCCACGUGGAGGUGGAGGAGGAGCAAGCGGCGGAAGAGGAAUCAGACGAAUGUCCCGAGAUUUUUGACGAUGACCUGCCCGCAGCGCCAGUGCAUCCCGGCGAGCAGUCUAUGGACGACUUUGAUCAGUUCCGGCAGACCUUCGAGUCCAAGGAUCUGGGCAUACCCUUGCGCGUUAGCGAAUUAGAGGGCCGUAAGCAUCGAACCGAGCUAAUGAUAAUUACCCAAGACUUUCUCAAGGAGCUCAUCGCUGCGCUGGUCAGCAAAGCCGAGUCCAUCAAUGUGGAGCACAUUUUCAGAGCGCGUUGCGACAAGGGCAAGCUAAUGGAGGAGCUCAUCACCGUCACGAACAACUUCUACUUCGAGAAGCUGGACAACACCUUUCUGCAGGGUCGCGUCGCCGAGUACUACAAGCGGAACAAGAACAUGCGUGUGUUUGCCCGGCUGGAACGGGAUGUCGACAGGAACUACAGCAUGCGCUACAUGGAGUCCCUGAAGCAGCUCGAUUGCAUUAAGGGUCGCUUCACUGCCGCCAAGCAGAAGAGCAGCUUUCUAAUCAACAAAGUGCUCAUGGAACUGUACUACACUCAGAAUAGCGCCACGCGCUCUGAAACGCAUCUGGAUCAGACCGUACGCCAGUAUCUGUCCCUGCAGGAUUCGGACUAUCUGAAGCGGCUGGCCGAUCGCGAGCUCAGACUUAUGGCCGUCAAGCGCAACGAGAUCAGCGACACGCGUCUCUUUCUCAUUACCAUGAAGCACACUUUGGGUCGUGUAACCGAGAAAAUCAAUCAGCUGGAACGUGUGGGCGAUGAUCUGAACAUAAACGACUUCAUAGCCAUACAGAAUCAGGUGGUCACCCUGGACAAGAAGAUCGAAGAACGGAAUAUCGAACUGAAGAAGCUGCGUUCCAAGUACCAUGUGGACCUGCACUUGAUACAGCACAACCGGGAGAAGGCGCUGGCGCUCGCCGACAAGCUGCAGCACUGUAAGGCCACCCUCAAGGGGCUGCUGCGCAAGCAGCACGGCAAAAGAGAGACUCUGUAUAGAGUGAAGAUGGACCGCACAAAUAUCCGAAAACAGCAGCAGGAUCUGUCGUAUCAGGGCGGCAUCCUGUCGAUGCCCUCACUGAUGUACGAAUACGACAACACCGUGGAUGGGCUGCAGGUGAAGCGAGCCAGCGUCCUCAAGCUGAGGGAGACCCUCAAGAAUCUCAAUCGUCGCAUACAAGAGUAUGAAUCUACCUCGUACUCCAUCUAGAUGGGCUCACUUUUCGCCAAAACAAUAAUAAUAACAAUUAACUUAAUUUGGUUUAAUAUGUAAUAUCAAAUAACAUUUAAAAUAAAAUAGGAGAAUAAUACUAGCAAAGGCUA